AUGGCUGCCACGCUCGAAGAAUUUGAGAGGCAGCUAGCUAGCAGCAAGUCGCGCAAUGACGACGACGACUACGGUGACAGAGAGGCUGCGGCAGGAGAUAGCGACCGCAAACACCACCGAGAACAUCGAUCCCGACACCGCGACGGCCACGACGACAAUGAGCAACGACACCGCCACAAGCGACGACAUCGCGAUCGCGACCACGAUGACGACAAUGAAUCACGCAGAAAACGACACCAGAGCCAUUCCCCACGCGAGGUAAAGCAUGCGCCGGCGAAGGACGGUACAAAGGCACAGCGUGAUGCCUGGAUGCAGGACCCCGCUGCAUUGGAAGUGGACUAUGUGCAGAGGACCCGGCCCAAAUCACCGCCUGGUCAAUUCGUGGGUGCAAAGCAGAGUCAUGAUUUCAAAGUGACCGACCAACAGUUUAAUGAGCAUCUUGCAGAGCUGCAGAACGACUGUGACUCGAAUGGUGACGACGAUGCCGAGAAGGUGAAGGAUGAGCCCGCCCAGCACUACGUAAAGUACACCUUUGGUGACAAUGGCAGCUCGUGGCGUAUGACGAAGUUGAAAGGAGUAUAUCGAAAAGCUGAAGAGACUGGCAUGGAUCUGGACGUCGUCGCGGAAGAGUCGUAUGGAGACCUUCGGCUGUUCGACGACGCGCGGGAGGAGGAACGCGAAGUGAAUAGGCGUGCCAUGUACGGCAAAGAAUAUAUCGGUCGGGAGACACCAUCGGGCGAACUGUUCGCAGAACGGAAAUUGAGGACGGUCGUUAGACGCGAGACUGAGGACAAGGGAAGAGGGGCAGCAUAUCCGGCUGAUGGGGGGCACAUGCGUGCAGCGAAAGCACCCCUGCAGAGUGCGCCUUUCGAUCAAAGUGCACUCAACAAAUGGAAGGCUCAGUUGAUCAAGGCGAAGCUGAUGAAUGCAUCAAAUGUAGCACAACUCGAGGAGGAGUAUACGCUUGCAGAGACAGCGUUCUUGGCCCAUCGGGCACAUCCUGGCGUGGUGGUACUAAACGACAUGGAGAAUAGGAUGCUGGCAGGAGACCGUUCCGGGGAAGUCACGGCUCUAACUGGCAAACGGGCCCUUGAGCGUGGCACGGUACAGGAAAACGAAGACAUGUCGAUCGAAGAAAUGGUCAAGCAGGAAAAGCGCACACGAGGCGCCAAUGGAGGCGAAGGGCGCGCUUUUGCUGAGCGCAUUGCCAAGGAUGGAAAAUUCAAGGACAAUUUGGAGUACAUGGACGACAAUGCCGCGCACCUGUCCAAGAGGGUGGUCAAAUCGGACACGAACCUACGCAAUGCAGCCGUCGGCGACUUUCAGAGGAUGCAAAGAACCCUGGAUAAUUGCCCACUCUGCUACCAUGAGGAUUCCAGUGCGCCGCCCGUAGCUCCUGUGCUCAGCCUGGCCACGCGCACCUAUAUGACACUUGCGACAGAACCAGAGAUGGCAAAACACGGCGCCGUUGUUGUUCCGAUUCAGCAUCGUCUCAAUCUCCUGGAGUGCGAUGACGACGAGUGGGAAGAAAUCCGGAAUUUCAUGAAGUCUCUUACUCGCUUCUACCAUGCUCAAGACAAGAGUGUGAUUUUUUACGAAAAUGCCGCUCAUAUGCAUAGCCGCAAGGGACACGCCGCGCUCAUGGCGGUACCGCUGCCACACCACCUCGCCGAGAACGCUCCGGCCUAUUUCAAAGAAGCGGUACUCGCAUCCGACGAGCAGUGGAGCCAGCACAAACCGAUCAUCGAUACUCUGGCGUUGACACAGAAGGCUGGCUAUGGCAAGGCAGCAUUCAGGAGAGCCAUGGUCAAGGAGAUGCCUUACUUCCAUGUCUUCUACACUCUAGACGGCGGCAUGGGGCACGUUAUCGAAGAUGAGAGACGAUGGCCCAAGGGCGAUCUCUUCGCGAGGGAAGUGCUGGGCGGUAUGCUCGACAAAGGUCCAGAGGUCAUUAAGAAGCAGGGUCGGUGGGAAAGACACGACCGGAGAGUGGAUAGCUUCAAGAAGAAAUGGGAUCCGUUUGACUGGACGAAGGUGUUGAUGGAAGCGCCAUAA